AUGGAAUCUUUGUCGAAACAGGAACUUAUAUCGACAAUUACCAAGCAAGCGGAUCAAAUUAAGCGGUAUGAAGGACGGCUCAGAGAUGUAGUCACAGCAUACAAAGGUCUUAUCAAAGAGAAAGAGGCGUUGGAGAUUCAGUCUCAAAGCUCUGAACAAGACAGAAAGUGUCGAAGACAGUGGAGGUUAAUUAUAAUAGAAUCAUCAAUGGGCUGCUUCGGGUCGCUGCCCUUAUGCCAGUCACUGUCUGCCUUGACAGAGGAGAAGUCACGAAUGGAGGAGGCUUUCCAAGCUGACAAGAAACUUACUAGAGAUAAGUAUGAGAAUCAAAUAGCGUCAAUAAGGGAGGAAACAAAGACGCUGGUGCAACAACACUUGGCUGAGAUUAAUAAUUUGAAAGCCAAGACGCGUAAAGAGAUACAGGAACGGAGAAAGGGGGGGCUGACCAUGCAGCUAUGA